AUGCCACAUCGGCGGCCGCUGACUCAGCAGGAGGGCUGGCUCGCACCGCACUCGAGGUUUCGCUCUGCGUCGCCCGACGUGUACGCGGAGUACAUCGUGAGCACUUGCCGCAGCGGCUGGCGCGCCGCCGACAUGCCGCUGUGUUUUCGGCAGCGGUCGUGCCCGCACAGCUUCCUCUCUCAAAUGCUGCACUCGGCGCCGAGCGGCGGCGAGUCAUGCUCCACGCGGCUGCGGAGAGCCGGAUGCGUCGACUUGCCGACCCACUUGACUUCCCAUCGCGACGGCGCCACUGUAAUGUUCCGCAAGUUGUGCGGCUGGCUCGCGCCGCGUGACGGCUGCUCUUGCCUCCCGUGCUUCACCGAGUGCCGCCGGUCCGAGCUGUGCCCACCUCCCUCCGCCAACUCCGCCGUCGCACCUCCACUGCCCAGCGGCAGUCCGAACGGGAGCUUUGCCUUUGCCUUCAGCCUCCGUCUUCCGGCAGCCAAGAGCAUCGAAGCCAGUCAGGCCGCGCACGCGAAGAAGCUGGCCGUGCUCCGCGAGCUGCUCCGCGCGGUGGUCUCUCUCGUGUGGACCAAGACGCGGCACAGCAUCGUGCUGCUCAGCGACGGCGUGCCUGCCCCGGACCUCGCCCCGUUCCGGCGGCUCGGCGUGCGGCUCGUGCGGCUCGCGCCUCCACCAGAGGGCCUCGACAAGGCGCACAAGCGGCACGUGACUUUCGCAAAGGCGUGCGGCACCGGCACACCACACUGCCUCGCUGUCCAGCUCGACGCGUGGAGCCUCGAGUACGACAAGGUCGUCUCCUUGGACACGGACAUCGUCGUGCGGCGCAACAUCGACCACCUCUUCAGCGUCAGCACGCCGGCCGCGGCACUAGACUCAAAAUGGGGCUUCAACGCUUUAAGGCGCACCGCGGCGACGCGCGGCGGCCGGUGGCGGGUCGCCGAGCCGGACUUUCCCUCGAGCUCGCCCCGCUACUGGCCCCCGAACGCGAGCACCGCCGACGGGAUGCUGCCCUUCAACUCCGGAGUGCUCGUGCUCACGCCGAGCCGCGACGUAUACGAGGCGAUGCGCCGCGCGGCGGCCUUUACGCGCUCUUACGACGGCGGGGACCAGGGCUUCCUCGCCGCCUUCUUCGCCUCCCGCAACGUGGCCUGGUACGAGCUGCCGCGCCGGUACCACCUCGGCUGGUGCGUCCAGCCCGACGAGGUGCAGGAGGCGUACAUCUGGCACCUCUUCCUGCGACACCCCUUCCGGCAGAUCCACGCGCUCGAGGAUGAGGUCGAAAAGAGGAUGAGGGACGCGGGCCUCGUUGGGGAGUAG